AAAAAAACAAAACACAACUAUUGCCGUGAGAUUCACGCGCGCCGCUCCUUUCAUCCUUCUUCGUCUGUUUCAAAGUUACCCAACUGCCGCUAUCAGAUUACCCACGAUCACACAAACCCAUCAUCCGAAGCAGUAAUUCUGAUCGUAUAAAUCAGGAAGAGGAAGAUAGCAGAGAGCAGAGAGCAGAGAGCAGAGAGAGAUAUGGCGAAUGAGGGUAAACCCGACGAGCAGCUUUUUCAGCUUCUCUCGGGUCUUCUUCAACAGGUGGAAUCAUUGACAAACACAGAAGAGGUUGAGCUACGUUCUAAGAUCGAAGCUCUUGGUUUGGAAGUCACCAAAGUCCCAUCAAAGUCUGCCCAACACCUUAAUGAGGUGGAUAUAGCUAAUGAGUUGGAUAAGUUAUCAGCCAAAUUAGACGAUGUUGAUGAGAUGAUAUCAUCAGCUAUUGCUUCUGAUCCACAAGUUCAGACGCUUCUUAGCGGCACUGCUGAUGUUUGGUUGCCUGUUAUUACUGCCGGCACUGAGGAGAGGCUUAACUUCACUGCCUCUCUUGCUGCUCCUGAUGAUCAGCAGCUUAAGGACACAACUACUACCAACAAGACCAGCUCUUGAUAAAAAACACUCAGUUUUCUCUUUUGCAGUCUUGUUUCUUUUAUGUAUAUCAAUCAAGACCAAGUUGUUUAUUCCUGAGUGACUCAUUGUUGAUGUUGGAUGUUAAUGCAAAUUCAAUACAGACUGUUUUAUUUUA